AUGGUUUUGAAUCUCUUGCUCCGAAGUAUGGAGAUAUGGCUCACCGUUCGAGUACGUUGCUCCGACCUUGGCAUGCGUGCGCUUGACUCCUUCGAAGUCCGAUCUUCCAUCGUAUGGUGGGCCGAGUUCACCAAAAAGUUCAACAUAUCAGAUACGGGGUGCCUCCGGAGGAGCAGGGGAGGCACCAAACUUGAGGGACAAGAUUUCAAGUACAAGAAAUUCCUUGACCAUUUCAAGGAAGAGCUGAAGGACCAGAUGAAGGGAAACCCGCGGAACAAAUUUUAA